GAAAAUGAAAGAAUAUUUUGAAUCUUAAAUUUUUCACCUUCUAGGAUUUAUAAAUACAGAAAAUUGCACUUUACAUUAAAGUGAUAUGACUCUUUGGCUCUGAUGAUCUGAGGUUUUUAAAUGUUUUAAUUUUUUUUGUUUGUUUUGGAGCAAAGAAAGUGAGAGAGACGGCAUAGUAAUCAAAACGUGGUUUUAUUUUACUUGUCUUCAUUUUCUUGGCAACCAAACAGAGGCUCGGAUUUCACUCUGAGUUUGGAGUGCUAUUGAUGGAAGUUUUGAAUUCUAGGGUUUCUCUUUGAAUAACCGUGGAACUAUUGACAAUUUGGAUUACAGCUCAGACUGGAAUUUUUGUUAGAUUAACUGUCUUUGCUAUUUGGGAUGGUUUUCUUGUAUUAAACUAGAUUUAGCUUAGAUACAGAGAAAAUAUGAGUUGUAAAAUUCUCAACAAGGAUGACUCCGGAAUACAGAAAAAUGUCACUUUACUUAAAUUUCACAUUGCUGAGGAGCGUUCCUUUUUUUUCUUUUCUUUGUUAGAAGCAUGAGAUGAGAAAUGACAUAGGAAUGAAAAUGUGUUUUCUUGGAAACCAAACAGAGGGCUAGGGUUUUCUUUGAAUGCUUUUAACUUGUCAAUGAUAUUGUUGAAAAUUUUGAAUUCUAAGAUUUCACUUUUCACUGCAUGGAAAAUGCAAAAUGAUUACUUGGGUACCAUUUUCCUCAUGAUGAUGCUAAAGCCUUUUUCAAUUAUAGGAAAGCCCCAGAGAAUUUCUCCUCUGGAUGCAAAUGUUAGAACAAAUUGACUAAUUCUGGAAAGGAGUUUGAGAAAGAAGGGAAUUUGCAGAAGGUCUCAUCUGUAUAACAGAUAUAAUGGGGUUCAAUUUGCCUCUUCUUUCCAGCUGUCACAAGGCCUAUCUUGGAAUCGUUUGAAACAUCAAAGCAAGUUCCUCAACCUGCCCUAAGUGAUGAUUUCAAGAUUGAGAUCACUUAGAGCACUACAACAACAGAUGGAAGUUCAGAAGUGUCUCUAAGCUUGCAAGCAAAGAAAGAGAGAAUGCUUUUGCUGAGAACAAAGAGAUCCAACCAACCGUAUCAAAUCCCUCAGAAGCUCACAUUAUUUCUCAACAUUGCUUUUAAAUCAUCUGGCCAAUCUCAUCCAUCUUUAGAAAUCAAAAGUGAAAUUGAUAGAGUUACUAGAAUCAUUAAUGACCAUCCAUUUCCAGAUCGCCCGCUCCAUUCCACCCUCAUUCAGCAUGUUCCUAAGCAUCUCCUUUCCAACACCUUUGUGGAGAAUGUUCUUGGUCGCCUCUUUGCAGCCCAUUCCAAUGGUUUUAAAGCCUUUGAAUUCUUCAAAUUCUCGCUCCAACAUUCUGAGUUCUGUCCAAGUUCAGAUGCUUUUGAAAAGACACUCCACAUUCUUACACGAAUGCGCUAUUUUGAUAAAGCUUGGGAGUUGAUGGAAGAAAUUCAACAAACACACCCUUCCUUGCUCACCCUUAAAUCGAUGAGCAUCAUGCUGUCAAGGAUUGCAAAAUUCCAAUCUUAUGAAGAUACCCUUGAAGCGUUUGGGAGGAUGGAGAAGAACAUAUUCUUUGGGAGGGAGUUUGGUGCCAAUGAGUUCAAUGUACUCCUGCGAGCAUUUUGCACACAGAGACAAAUGAAGGAGGCUCGAUCUGUGUUUCACAAGAUGCAUUCUCGAUUUUCUCCCAACACCAAAACCAUGAAUAUCUUACUCUUGGGGUUCAAGGAAUCUGGUGAUGUCACUGCAGUGGAACUAUUCUACCAUGAGAUGAUUCGAAGAGGUUUCAAGCCAAAUUCAGUGACCUAUAAUAUCAGAAUUGAUGCAUACUGCAAGAAAGGUUGUUUUGGUGAUGGUUUGAGGCUUCUUGAAGAGAUGGAAAAGGCUAAUUGCCCUCCAACAUUAGAAACAAUUACUACUUUGAUUCAUGGAGCAGGGGUAGCUCAAAACAUAUCAAGGGCACGAGAACUAUUCAAUGAGAUAUCUAUCAGAAAUUUACAGCCUGAUAUUGGUGUUUAUAACGCUUUCAUGAGUUCACUCAUCAGAUCAAGAGAGGUGCAGUCUGCACUUAUGUUGAUGGAUGAGAUGGAAGAAGAGGGUAUUGGGCAUGAUAGCAUGACCUAUCACACCAUGUUUCGUGGGUUGAUGAGAUCAAAUGGCAUUGAGGGUGUUUCUGAGCUCUAUCACAAGAUGAUCAGGCGAAACUUUGUGCCAAAGACGCGAACAAUAGUGAUGCUAAUGAAAUGGUUCUGUCAAAAUCAGCAGCUCGACUUGAGUUUAGAUUUGUGGGGGUACCUGAUAGAUAGAGGAUACUGCCCCCACGGCCAUGCACUAGAUCUUCUGGUAACAGGGCUAUGCUCCCAUGGAAAAGUGAAAGAGGCCGUAGAAUGUGCAAAACAGACGUUGGAGAGAGGAAGGCCGAUGAGUGAAGGGGUGUUUCGGAUGCUGGAGAGGUACUUGGUAGAGGCAGGGGAGAGUGAGAUGCUAUGGAAGCUUGACCAGAUGAUAAAGAAAUUACAUACAGUUUUGCCUCCAUCAAGAGGGCAUGCCAUUGGUCUUGCUAGCUCAAGCUUGGUAACUUAAUUUGCUUUAUAUAAAUGGGUUGUAUCCAUGGUGAUCUGUUCUAAUAUAUUUAUGAUUCUCGUAUCUCAUCUGUUUCUUGAGGCAUCUGAUUACAGAGGGAAGGAUAUACAGAUCUCAAAUGAAUUAUGAAUUCUUUUCA